UAAUACUUCUUCAUCAAUAGGAACCUUAGCUGAUUUUUUUUUUUCUUUUAACGCAGCUCGAGUCUUUCGUAUUCCUCCUUCCAAUUCGCGUGGUUCGAAAUAAGUUCUUUAGCUUCCUAUCGCAUUGGUUCAUGGCAACACUCAUCCUUAUUCCCGAGGCACAUUUGAUCUUCACAGUAGAAAGCCUUAAUGGCGGACUAUCAAGUUACCUGAUGCUGUCGAUGACCCAGAUUGAUUGUGACAAUGAGCCCACUAUUCAAGUCACUACUUCCCAUAGGCGGACGCUCCUGAUCCGUUUUCCAGACCAAGCGCGUCUGGAUUACUGGGUGAGCCUCUUUUCGAAUGAUGACCUUGAAGCCUUGAGUACUCAGUUAUUAUCUGAGAUACCUACAAUGAGGCGCUCGAAGAGUCUAGAUAACUUAGGCAAACAAGUUAUGGAGACCAACAAACUUGGCCAUAGAGAUAUGGAGAAUGACGAAAUAGCGGGUGCCUUGCCACCUGGUCAAUUGCUACAUCACCCAAACCUAGAGACAGGGGCUCCCUCUAAAUUGGGCGAAACUAGCCACAGUCAUGCACCUUGUAGUUCCAGUAAGAGCAAUAUGCUUGAACACCUGCCCAGAAUCACUGACAACAAGGAUGACCUUGAUCUUCCUACCAAUUACGUCGGAAGCAAUACUUGCAGUAACAGUAUCAGUUCUCCCUCAACAUCACGAGCGCAUAAAACCCCUUGCCAAUCUGAGUUGCUAAUGCAGUCUCCUCUCCAGAAUGCUCCGUCUAAUGUGUUAUACUCUGAUGACUCUGACGACCUUUAUGACCCUGAAUUCGGUAUUGGCGGUGGCGGCCGUAGGCGUCGCCAUGGUCGUCGACAAAGCAGAUAUAGCCUACCACAAAGCAACACGAUCCCUUCUGCAGCUGUGAUUUCGGCAGCUGCAUCCGCUGUCAGCGCAGGGUGGUCAGAAUCGGAAGCCCUUGCUGCAGCCAUGGCUAAACAACCGCUCUCUGUAAACAACCAGUCCAAGAAAUAUUCAUAGAUUUUGAUGAAGAACCAGGACUCAAGUUUGGUUUUCUUAUGUCACACGAAAAAUGAAGUUUCAUCUCUCCAGUCAAAGUAACUUUGUACUUGAUACCGUCUUUUUCGAAAAAAGCAAGCGAUACUAGUUAGUGGUAGGGCAGAAGAGAUAGAGAAAUUAAAGGAUCGAGAGGCAUCCAAAUUAAAGCUACGAAAGUUUAAUCGUCUUGUGAGUAAGCAACGGCGAAAGAAUCAUUAUCAAAC